UUAGGUGUUUGAAUCAUGAAGCUCGAACACAAUCACCGCGAUUUGUUGAAGUGUUAUGUGUUCAUCGCAAUGCUUUUCGUCAUCUGCGCCUUCAUAGCCACUGCCUUGACAAUGGGGUGGUGGAAAGGGUUAAUCGCAUACGUUCUCCUGUUCGCGUCGACGAUGCUAGUGGGAUCUGUAGUGGUAGCUGGUUCUGUCAAACGUCACACUAGCCAUGAGAGACUCAUGACUGUACGGGACCAAGGCGACCGGCAUGUUGAGGUGCCAGUAGGCGUGGACAACCGAGGCUUUGAAAAUCACUCGCCAGGCUACUCUCCAAGUCUCGGAUUCGGACUCAGCUCCACGUAUCGAGACCUUUCGAACCAAACACAGUACAAGAUCAUGCCACGAAGCUGCAUAUCGUCUCCAUCUGUACGUGGCGUUAUCAACGGUUAUUGGACAGAAAACGACGAUAACUACGGAAGUGGCUUCCAGCACGAACUGAAAGAUAAGACAGGAAAAAGCAAGUCGGACACAUGUUUGCAUGGAUUCGGCGGCCUAUCUAGCUGUGCGGAGAGCCCGGUUUGUGACAAUUUUUGUAGCAUCCCUCAGGAUAAGACAAAAGGAGCUAUAGUGUCCUACCAACGUCGAAGAAACGUUAAUUGUGCGUAUCAACGCGAUGAAUUCUUAAAGAAUAACCCCAUGAUAAAGUUGAUCAGACCUUCACCGCUGAGACGUAGCAGAACCAUUUCGUUGUGGCCGACCUGUUCUCAGGGUCAGUCGUUUAACCAGACUAAUAGAUUUUUUCUUACGGCAUCACCCGAACAGACAGAACGUACGUCUGCGCAGGAAGGCGCCAAGAGGUCAACCGUUGAAGAGCAUCUCGACACUGCUCGUCAAGAGCAGCCCCAAAUUAAAUUUACCGAUUACGGUUUCAACGUCGCACUAAGUGAUACCUUGAGCACUCUAAGCAGCACAUCCGACGUUAAGAACGAGAGGGGGCUGUUCCCCACGGCCAACGAGUCUCCGAUGAGCAGUUCUUCUCUCGUGCCAUCUUUCUGGAAAACAGAGGCGUCAUCUCCUGUCGACACUCCCCACCCUGGGAAUCGGGUAACUCCGCCUCCUGGGCUUUCGAACAUGAACUCUGUUUCCCCAUCCAGCUGCUCACCAUCUGGCUACAAACCAUCCUAUCUCUUGGAAGCAUUCCUUUCAUCGAGUUGGCAUUCGAACGAACCUGAGAGCGAAGACGAGAACAAAAUGCAGACCUCUACGAAAGAGUUUCUGCCGGAGCAUGUGUUAGAAAACGAACAUAUUUUCACGACAACCUCAAGCUCCUGCAAGGGUGACCUUACAGAAGUAAUAUCCGUGGUCUGUAAUGGAGAGAGGGAACGUGAAAGCGACGGGAGAGCAACAUUCGCGUCUUUCAGCGUCACUUCUUCUGGUGUCAAAGGAACGAGGUAGUGUCGGACCUCAUGCAGACAUAGAACCAAUUCCAUGCGGAAGAAUGUGACGUCUGAGGAGAUUUUGCAAGGUGAACUAAUUCAUGGAGGGAAAUAUGCAGGCUUAAUAAAC